UCGCAGCUCCUUCGCUCAGUAUAUAAAGCAGCACAACGACGGACGGAGGACGGCUGGGGAUCCACAGCCCGGGAUUGUAAAUAAGACCGCCAAAAACUGUUUUAUUUACAAAAGUGAUGCCGGCUGUUUUAGAGUACCGUUCCCAGUUGUUUUAGCAGUUUUUUGUCCUUUUUGGCUCUUAUUUCUCGCCAAUUUCCGUGUGGGUGUUUUUACACUACGCGUGUAAUGGCGAGCUCGGCUAACUCGAACCCAGUGCCUAAGCUGUAUAAGACUGUGAUAGAGGAUGUCAUCAACGAGGUGCGAGAAUUGUUCCUGGAUGAGGGAGUGGAUGAGCAAGUCCUCCUGGAACUGAAAACACUAUGGGAGAGCAAACUGUUGCAGUCCAAGGCAGUCGACGGCUUCCACACCGAGGAGCAAGCUGCCCUGCAGGCUGCUCAGCAGCAGCAGCAGCACCAACAGCAGCAGCAAGUCCAGCAGGGUUCCCAGCCAGCACAGUCGCAGCAAGUCGUCCUGUCUUCUCAGCAACAGCAAGCCUCCCAGCAGCAAGUUCUUGUUCAAGAUUCCAAGCUCCUACAGCACAUGACUACAACAGGCAUGAGUGCGGCAGCGACACAAGCAGCACUCGCUCUGCCCACAGGGGUCACGCCAUAUCCCCAGCUUAUCACCAGCUCAGGUCAGUUCCUGCAGGUUGUCCGUGCGCCCAACGGGGUGCAGUACGUGUUUCAGCAGCCUCAGCAGUCCAUCCUCUUGCAGCAGCAGAUGCAACCUGGCUCUGUGCAGGCCCCGGUCAUACAGCAGGUCCUGGCUCCUCUACAAGGAAGCCUGUCUCAGCAAACCGGAGUAAUCAUCCAACAGCCUCAGAUUGUCUUAGCCCCUGGAAAUAAAGUCCAAGGCAAUGCACAGGUUAUGCAGGCUGCUGCGGUGACAUCUCAGCAGCAGCAGUCAGUCAGUCAGUCAGCGGCCCAGUUCCAACAAGCCCAGCUCCAGCAAGCCCAGGGCGCAGCAGCGCCACAGGGCACAGCAGCGCCACAGGGCGCAGCAGUGCCACAGGCCCAGGUGCAGCCCCAGCAGGCAAACCCUGGUCAAACCCAGGCUCCGCAGCCGCCUAUAAUGCUGCAGGUGGACGGGGCCGGUGACACGUCCUCGGAUGAAGACGAGGACGAGGAAGAGGAAUAUGACGAGGACGAGGAGGAGGAAAAAGAAAAAGACGGGGGAGAGGAAGGGCAGGUGGAGGAGGAGUCACUGAACAGCGGCGAUGAUGUCUCCGACGAGGAGGACCAGGAGCUGUUUGACACAGAGAAUGUAGUCGUGUGCCAGUAUGACAAGAUUCACAGAAGUAAGAACAAAUGGAAAUUUCACCUAAAAGACGGCAUCAUGAAUCUGAACGGGAGAGACUACGUCUUCUCUAAAGCCAUCGGGGACGCCGAAUGGUGAGGACGAGCCACGCGACAGGAGCAGGAACUCUGUUACCCCUCCAGUCCAGGUACCAGUAAACAAUAUCACUAUCCUUCCAUAUCCUGUGACUGGAUAGGGCCCGGGGAGGCGUCGGGGAGUCUUAAGGGAACUCUUACAGCCCCAAACAGGACUGUGAGGUACUGAACCCACGCGGGUCUCACUGGUAGCCCUCAGACAGCCUCGCAGGAUGAGAAACCGACAGUGAACUUUUUGUUUCUCAGCCUCGAUCCCCACUUGUUUCUCAUACAGCAUUUCACAGCAUGCUGGCGUUAAGAGGACCAGCUUGCAGGCCAAAGGCCACCCUUAGCUGGUAGACCGGUACAACCGGUCCAAGGUUUCCGCCUUCUCGUCUGCCAGAAUGAACGUUUUGUUUCGUCCUCGCCCCGCUUUUAUUUUCGUUCUCGUGUCUCUCAAGUUUUGGCAAACGGUGCUCCGAAGCUUUUAUACGUUUUAUUUUAAAAAUUUAAGGGUUGUAACACGGACGGUAAAAUUGACAUGAAUCUUAAAAGAAAUGAUCAUUUAUAGCUGUAUAAAGGCGCUAUUUUAAAAUAAUUCCGCAUAAGCAAAAGACAAGUAAUUUAGUUUUUGAAAAAUGAACACAUUGUUUUAGUGUGCGUUUUGAAAUGUCAGUUUGUCACGUGUGUGUACUUAAAGCAGUCAAGGUAAUCAUUAGCCACUGUGAGUGUGUGUGUGAGCGCUCACUUGAUUGCAACACUACACCCCCCCCACCAAGCAGAUUAGUCGCCACCUUUUGCUCAGCACUGAAGCUUUUUUGUAUUUAUUCAUGAAAGUUAUUCACUUUGAGCCGCACCAAACUGUGCUCUUACAAUCAUAUAAGUGUUCCUUUUUUUUCUGUAUGUUGGCUGAACAAAGCUGUGUAACGUUGUUCCAAAAUUUUAAUCUUUUAAGCGAAGAUGUUUUCUAAUGAAAGGAGAUUAUAGGCGUGAAGGAAAAGGAGUGUGUUUCGCCACAUGUCUUCAGUGCCCCCUGUUGCAGAAAUUUGAAAUAAAGUACACCUUUUUUGGGCUGCUGUGUCCACUGGCUGGUUGGUGUAAUCCACAUAUUUUCAUAAGAAAAAAUGUGAAUACCGUAUUUUCCGGACUAUAGAGUGCAUCGGUAUCGAAACUGCACCCUCUAAACUUAAAAAAAUAAUAUAUUUUUCCAUACGUUAGCCACACCGGACCAUGAACCGUAGAUAUAUAUGUUGUGCAAUAAGUUAUUUACACAGAAAUAUUUUGUAAAUGUUUAUUUACAUGCCUUAAUUGUUUCCAAACGGUGUCUCUAACACGGCAGUAAGAGCCUGGGCAAACAAAACAGAAGUCAUCGUCAUGGACCUACUAGCUGCGGAAGCUAACUCUCCAAUCAGCUAAACAGACUCAAUGACCCCACAAUGACGUUUUUGGGGAAUUUACGAAACUGAAACAAUACAAAAAGAAUGCCGUUUUAAGUCAGUCAUACUAACACAGACACUCGAAAACGUGUUAGCAUAUUAACAAAUGCUAUCGACGCUAACUUGAUAUCAUUACGAUCGCACAUACAAAUAUGCAUUUAAUCACUCCUGCAGACUUCAUACAUGAGACGGUUUAGUAAGUAAGAUUUUUUUUAGUUAUAUUUUAAAACUUACAAAUGUUGCUUGGAGUGAUGACUGAAGAAUCCAAAUGAGUAACGAAGCUAUGGAUCGCUAGAAGACAGAAAUGUACUUCUAUUUCCGGUUAAAAGCUCAGUCUAAACAGAAUGGCACUGCAGCACCUGCAGUGAGCAAACUGGUGCAAAAGAUGGCUCUAUAGCACAGACAAUAACACCUAUUCAGUGUCCACAAAUUAGCCGCUCUGUUUAAUAAGCAGCAGGGUUCAAAGCGUAGGACAAAGGUAGCUGCCUAUAGUCCGGAAUUUACGGUAGUUCUUAUUUAACUUGAUGUCUUUCUGCAUUUCAAAGCAGCCUUACAAGCAGUCGAUGCCCGCAGGUGUGAAGUAGCCCUUGGAGAUGAUGACUUUAGUAGCGAUGUGUGAAUUAUUAUGGCGCGUAAAAGAUGUCAUAGUUGUUCCCACAUGCUUCAAUGUCGUGUGCCUUUUUUUCAUUUGUACUCCUGUUUUUUUUGUAUUCCCACAAAACAAGGUGAUCUUCUAUGGGAAUUGUUUUCUCCUUUUCUCUGUUGUCACUUCUAAUAGCUGUUGAUCAUGUAUUGUUCUAUAAAUCUUUUUUUUUUCUAAUAAAUUAAAAAACAAACUCGGAA